AAAAUUAAUUAUUAUCAUUUUUAUAAAAUAUUUUUUUUACAUAAAAAAUUAACAGCUUAAAUUUAGAGAAUAAAUUUUACACAUAAAGUAGAGUAUCCAUUCAAAGCUUAUAUUAGCGACAACGUCCGACAUAUCUGCUUUAAAAUUUGACUUUUUAGAGGUUAGCCGUCUUGCAUUUGGAAAAUAGAAAAAAAAUGGAUUAAUGAAUAAAGAUAUUGGUGAUAUUAUUUAUUUAGAUUAUUUUUACAAUUAUGGAUUAACAAACUGCAUGAAUGACAUUGCGUGCUAUAAUAUUAUUAUAAUAAUUCAUUUUAAUCUCUAUAUUUGUAAUCGGUGAAGGUGAUACAUGAAAAUGGAGCAAGUUUUAUGCGGUAGAUUUGGUCAUAACAUACUGAUUAUAUCAAAAAAUUCUCGACAUCCAAUAUCUGUGAUCGUCACGAGAAGUUUGAUGUCUAAUAAAUUAAAUAAAAUAUAUCGACCAUUACUGGCAUCACCGCAACCUCGUUGUUUCUUUAAUCCAAAUCGCGGUUAUUUUAUGAUUGUUGGAAGAGUAUUGAGAGGAAUCCUUAAAGUACGGUAUCUUUUGUUGGGAGGUGCUGUUGGAGGUGGAGUUACUUUACAAAAAAAAUAUGAACAGUGGAAAGAUGGUUUGCCUGAUAUGGAAUGGGUGAACAAUUUAAUACCUACUGAUCAACAAUGGCAACAAUUUCGAGGAUCCUUGAUGUCUAUUGGGAAUGCAAUUUCUGAUAAAGUUGAAAUUGAUCCUCGAAUCAAGGAGUAUGGUGAAUCAAAAUAUAAAGAGUAUAGAGAGUGGUUUAACCAAAGGUUAGAAGAUGCAAUCAGAGCAGCUGAAACUCAUAAAUUGGAAAAAGAAAAUGAAAUAUCAUCCCAAAGUGUAUUUGAAGCAAUCUCAGCCGUAGCAAACCAAGUAUACACAGAUACGAAGAAUGAGAUCACAAAAAAUACAGUGGCUUUUGCACAUCCUUUAUCCAAUGAUUAUGAAGAGGAACGAAAGAAAGCCCAAUCUACAAAACAAAGAAUGGAUGCAAUGCAAGAAGAAAUGAUGCAAACUCAAAUGAAAUAUCAACGAGAACUUGAAAGAUUAGAAAGAGAAAAUAAAGAACUGAGAAAGCAAAUGUUAUUACGUGGUAAUCAGAAAGUGAACAAUAGAAAGAUCAAGAAAUCACUUAUUGACAUGUACAGUGAUGUCUUGGAUGAACUGAAUGACUAUGAUAGUGCUUAUUCAACAGCAGAUCAUUUACCUCGGGUUGUUGUAGUUGGAGAUCAAAGCUCUGGCAAGACAUCUGUUUUAGAAAUGAUUGCUCAAGCUAGAAUAUUUCCUAGAGGAGCAGGAGAAAUGAUGACUAGAGCACCAGUUAAAGUAACUUUGAGUGAAGGUCCUUACCAUAUUGCUCAAUUCAAAGAUAGUUCACGAGAAUUUGAUUUGACUAAAGAAUCAGAAUUAAUUGAUUUGCGACGAGAGGUUGAGUAUAGAAUGAAAAAUAGCGUGAAAAAUGGAAAAACUGUGAGCCAAGAUGUUAUAUCAAUGACAGUAAAAGGACCUGGUCUUCAACGAAUGGUUCUUGUUGAUUUACCUGGAAUAAUUAGUACAGUUACAGUAGAUAUGGCAGAAGAUACUCGUGAUGCCAUUCGUCAAAUGACCCAACAAUAUAUGAGUAACCCUAAUGCGAUAAUUCUUUGUAUCCAAGAUGGUUCAGUUGAUGCUGAGAGAAGUAAUGUAACUGAUUUGGUUGCUCAAAUGGAUCCAAUGGGCAAACGAACAAUAUUUGUUCUUACUAAGGUGGAUAUGGCGGAAGAGAACUUGGCGAAUCCAGAACGAGUGAAAAAAAUUUUAUCUGGAAAACUAUUUCCAAUGAAAGCAUUAGGAUACUUUGCUGUUGUUACUGGUCGUGGAAGACAAGAUGAUAGCAUACAAACAAUAAGAGAUUAUGAAGAAAAAUUUUUUAGGAAUUCGAAAUUAUUUAAAGAUGGUUUAGUAAUGUCAGGUCAAGUUACCACCAGGAAUUUAAGUCUAGCAGUAUCUGAAUGUUUUUGGAAAAUGGUUAGAGAGACUGUUGAACAGCAAGCUGAUGCAUUUAAAGCAACAAGAUUUAAUUUGGAAACUGAAUGGAAAAAUAAUUUCCCAAGGCUUCGUGAAUUAGAUAGAGAUGAGUUAUUUGAAAAAGCUCGCGGAGAAAUCCUUGAUGAAAUAGUUAAUUUAUCACAACUUUCUCCAAGACACUGGGAAGAGGCUUUGUUAGAUAGAAUUUGGGACAAAGUUAGUACACAUGUAUUUGAAAAUAUUUAUUUACCCGCAGCACAGACAGGUGAUCCUGGUACAUUUAAUACUGCAGUAGAUAUAAAAUUAAAACAAUGGGCAGAACAGCAGCUUCCUGCUAAAAGUGUUGAAAGUGGUUGGGAGUGUUUAAAACAAGAGUUUGAGAACUUUUUGAAUCGAGCAAAACAAAGUCCUGACCAUGAUAAUAUUUUUGAUAAUCUUAAAAAUGCAGUUGUUAGUGAAGCUAUUAAUCGACAUUUUUGGGAAGAGAAAGCAUCUCAAAUGUUGAGAGUUAUUCAAUUGAAUGCUCUUGAAGACAGAAAUGUCAAUGAUAAAAGAGACUGGGAUGAAGCUGUUCGGUUUCUCGAAACUUCGGUUAAAGAUAAAUUACAAAGUACUGAAAAAGUUCUUCGUGAUAUGCUUGGACCAGGUCGAAAAGAAAGAUUGUUAUAUUGGCAAAGUCAAACAGAGGAGCAAACAAAAAGAACAGCUGUCAAAAAUGAGCUUGAUAAAAUUUUAUAUGCUGAUAAGAAACAUCCACCAACGUUAACACAAGAUGAACUAACGACAAUACGUAAAAAUCUUCAACGCAAUGGUUUUGAAGUUGAUGAUGAUUGGAUUAAAACAACUUGGCAUCCAGUUUAUAGGAGAUUUUUCCUUCAACAAAGUUUAGCGAGAGCUUAUGAUUGUAAAAAAGCAUUUUAUAUGUAUCAUAAUGGACAUGAAAGUGAGACCGAGUGUAAUGAUGUUGUAUUAUUUUGGCGAAUCCAACAAAUGCUGAAAGUUACUUCAAAAGCAUUACGACAACAAAUCAUGAAUCGAGAAGCUCGACGAUUAGAUAAAGAAAUCAAGGAAGUAUUGGAAGAUUACAGUCAAGAUAGUCAGAUCAAGCAGAAAUUAUUAACAGGGAGAAGAGUCGAAUUAGCAGAAGAACUGAAACGUGUGCGGCAGAUUCAAGAGAAAUUAGAAGAAUUUAUUCAAGCAUUAAAUAAAGAAAAAUAAAUUGUACCACAAACUUAAAAGUAUAUAAUGAAAUUGAUGACUUUAUAUUAUUAAUUUAACUACUUGACAUUAACUCAAUUGAAUUGUAAAAAUAAUUUAUAUCAAUUCAGCAAUAACAGUCUUGCACAAACAAUAGUGAUGAUUAAUUUGCCAUAUAAAUCAUGAAGAAUGGACUAUUCUUUAUGAUAUUAAUGAAUCUUAUCGUGGACUAGAUUUUGAAAAAAACAUGUACAGAAAUGCA